AUUCCGUCACAGUGUUAAGCCGCCGAAGCUGUGGGGAAGUUGGAAGCAAUAAUCAAGUGUGUGGUCGAUAACCGCCAGGGGUGAGCGUGCUGUUCAUCAAAGUCAUCAGAGUCACUAGGCAAUCGAAAAGAUACACAGAGCAAACAUCAUAAAUAUGUAUUUUGCCGGCAUUUUAUUUUCGUGGAGCUUUUUUGUUGGCUCGAUCAGGUGCUAACAUUGAAGUCAGGUUGUUGUUGUUUUUGAAUAUCGCGAAUAUCGGUGACGUCUGGAGGCCCGUCUUUCGAUAGAGUGGGUGACAAGGUUGGACUUGGGAAAGAUCUUGAAAAAAUGUUGGGAAAGCUACGUGGUGAUAGUGAUUUCGUUUAAAAAUAAAUCGGAAGAACCAUCCAACAACUGAAAUAGUCCUCAAAGGAUGGCCACCUCAGUGCUCCUUGCGUGUGGCCUUAACGAGCAGCGUCUUCAGCCCUACACCCAUCUGAGUGAGGAGAGUGGGGUGGACGGUGGCUUCUUAAUUAGUUCAAUUCUGGGACAACGUAUUCGUGUGCCAAACGCAGGCACGAUUCUAAUUUGUUUACACCAAACUUUCUCGCAUUACUGCAGUGCAGGAAUCCGGCUGGGCUACAAUUUGCAAAUGUCGCUUGGGAAAAAUUUACGCGUUAUCGACAUCCUUAACGACAUUGCUGGCGAUUUUGGAAAGUCGAAAUGGACAACGACGACAGGAAACUUUCUCCAACUUCUGUGGGACGAGAUUCAAACGCAAAGUAUGGAACUUUUUGCGGCCAAAUCAACGAUUACCGUAAUUAUCGAUGACUUGUCGGUACUUUUGAAUUUGGGGGCGAGUCCUGGUGAAAUUAUGCGAUUUGCCAAUCGUCUGAGACAGUGGUCGGAGGGACGAAAUGCGGAUGUGGCGAUAGUAACAAAGUUGAAUACUUGCGAGGCCUUUGGGACUCUAAUGAAUCAAAUUGGCGAACUUUGCGAUAUACACGUUGUAAUUGAGCGAUUGAAAAGCGGAAAUUUCAAGGAAGUCGAUGGGAAAAUUGUCGUGAAAAAGGACACGUGCUCAGGACCGUUCGAUUUUCAGGAGACUGAGAAAACAAUUUUAUAUAAAGUUUUGGAGCGGAAUAUUAAAAUAUUCAAUCCUGGUGAAGUUGGAAUAAAAGUUUGAAACUAAGGAA